CUUAUUUUUUUGUGGAUAUGGAGUUCUCCAAGACAAUAACUUGAAACAUAAGACACCAUGCAUAUAUAUUCAUUCUGGUUUUGGUUAAGGGGAGAGAUCUGUACAGAGAAAGAUGGCAGGGGGAGGAGAGGGAACAACUUUGGAGUAUACCCCAACGUGGGUUGUGGCUGUUGUCUGCAGUGUCAUCGUCCUCAUCUCUCUCGUUGUCGAAAGAACCCUCCACAGCGUUGGCAAGAUGUUUUUGUUUUUAUUUUUGCAGUAUCUCAAGAAAAAUAACCAGAUGCUUCUCUUUGAAGCAUUACAGAAGAUCAAAGAAGAGUUGAUGCUGUUGGGUUUUAUAUCGCUGCUGCUGACAGUGUUCCAAGAUCGGAUUGCCAAGAUUUGUAUUUCGGAGGUGUUGGCAAAUAAGUGGUUACCCUGUAAGAAAGAAAAAGAUAAUGAUGCUGGUGAUUCUUCUUCUUCUUCUUCCACUGCCCAUUUUCAAACCUUCUUCAAAUAUCCCAGCUUUGUUCUUCCUGCGGGGACUGCCCGCCAUCUCCUUGCUGAGGCCUCUGCUUCCACUGAGAGCUGUGCAAAGGGAAAGGUCCCAAUGUUAUCUCUUAAAGCGCUUCAUCACCUUCACAUAUUUAUCUUUGUGUUAGCUGUUGUUCAUGUGAUUUUCUGUGCUCUAACCAUCCUUUUCGGAGGAGCAAAGAGUCUUCUGGCUGUUGGCACCAAGUUGGAGCAUGUGAUUUGCCAGUUGGCCCAGGAGGUUGCAGAGAAACAUGUGGCAGUUGAAGGGGAGUUGGUAGUUAAACCUUCAGAUGACCACUUCUGGUUCCAUAGGCCCAAGAUUGUUCUCUUAUUGAUUCAUAUCAUCAUGUUUCAGAAUGCUUUUGAACUGGCAUUUUUCUUUUGGACAUGGGUUCAAUAUGAUUUUGACUCCUGCAUAAUGGGACAAAUCGGUUUUGUCAUCCCGAGACUGGUGAUAGGGGCAUUCAUUCAGUUCGUCUGCAGCUACAGCACCCUACCACUCUACGCAAUUGUCACACUGAUGGGAAGUUCAUUGAAAAAGGGAAUAUUUACAGAACACGUACAAGAAGGACUAGUUGACUGGGCUAAACAUGCCAAGAAGACCACAGGUUCGAGAAAGGCUGCCAAUGGCACUAGACUUUACGGCUCUACCACUACUCAUGGAUCUAGCCACGUGGUUGGCAGACAGACUACUGGUUUGGCAGUUGAGUUGACAGAGGCAGGCGAAACAGAAACUGCAAUGGAAGAAGGCAAUGCAGGAGAGAUUGAACAUGCGAAUGUCUCCCGUGAACACAAAUGAAUUGAGGCCCUAUAGUCGUUCGAACCUCUUUACUGAAGUUAGAGUCUACUGUUUUCAAAAUUUACUGAAUACAUGUAUAAAGCUCAUUGGCUGGCAUUCAAUAAGAACAGCAACUGAAAGAAAUAUCUUCCAAGAAUAUACAAACAUGUAAUAUUUCUAGCAAAUAAAAAAACAAAAAACAAAUUGCCAUCUAAGUUUUGGUUUGCUGUCAAUAGAAUAUG